AUGUUUUUUGUAAGGUUUUUUAAAAUAUAUAUUUUUAUUUUUCUCUUGCUUGAAACAAUUGAUUUUAUUUUAGACUAUGUUAAUAAUUUAAUUUUCUUUUAUUAAGUUGAUUUAAAGACCUUUUGUAAUUUUUUUUUGAAUUAAUAGUUUAUUACUAUUUUUUAGUUAGAAUUUUAAUUCUGUUAAUAAUAAAUAAAUUAAUUAACAUUUUCUGUUAAUGUUGAUUAUUUUUCCAAAUAGAUAUUAUCAAAAAUUCACAAAAUUAAAUAAUAAUACUAUCUAAAAAUGAAAUAAGAUAGCAUAAAUAUUGUUGUAUUAAAAGGCAAAGAGCAUUAAUACCUGCUUUAAUUAGAAAAUGUCAUAGGAAAAGGGGCAGUAAGUGAGGUCUUUCUGGGUAAAAUAAUUUAAAAUGAUAAAACUGUCGCAAUUAAAGUACUCAGAGACAAAAAAAUAGAAAGUAACCAAUAAAACAGCUAUCUACAAAGAGAGUAUGAAGUUUGUUUAAAGAUUAAAAGUGUUCAAGAUAAUGAUGAAAAGUAAGGCAAAUUAAAUCAUAAUGUUUUGAGAAUUUUAGAUUGUUUAGAUUUUAAAGCAAAUGAAAACAAAAUAUCUUGUUAAAGUUCUAGGGUUAAUCCAGCUAAUACAUAUAAUAAUUUGAUUGAUUAUAUUCAAGAAAAAUAUAUUAUAACUGAAUAUUGUAACAAAUCUAGCUUGUAUGAUUAUUUAACAGAUAAAGGAUUUUCACUUUAACUUACAGAAGUGCUUGAUACUUCUAUGCAAAUUGCAUAAGGAUUAAAGUUUCUUCAUGAUUAAAAAAUAAUGCAUAGAGAUCUUAAACCAGAAAACAUAUUUGUUCAUGAAGUAAAUUAAGAUAAAUAUUUGUUUAAGAUUGGUGACUUUGGUAUAGGAAAGUAAUUUUAAGAGGAAGGCAUUGAGCAAUCUUUUGUUGGGACUAUAAAUUAUAUGAGUCCUGAAGUAAUAAAUAGACAAUAAUAUUCUAAUCAAAUAGAUUAUUGGAGUUUAGGAUGUAUAAUAUAUGAGAUUUAUAAAGGAUAUUAAAUGUUUCGCGGAUAUACUGAAAAAGAAGUUGAGGAAAAGAUUAAAAAUUUUAGAAGCUAACAACAUUUUGUGUUUUCAUUAAAUAUUUCCUUAGAAAAUAUAAUACAUAAAUGUCUAGUUAGCAGUAAUUAAGGAGGAUAUUAAAAUAUUGAUUAAAUUAUUAAUGAUAUUUAAUCUUUACAAAAUGAAAAAUAGUAAUAAAAAUAACAAGAAGAAAAAUAAUUCUAAUUACAAUAAGACAGACAAAACAAACAAAAAUAAUACAAAUUAACAAUGUAAUUUAAACAAUUAUAUUAGUAACAAUUGUAAGAAAAAAAUUAAUUAUAACAGAAUCUAUUCAAUUUUUAAAAAAGUCCUAAUAAUGGUUAGGCUUAAAACAAAAUUAAAGAUCAGAAUUUUAAUUAAAUGAUGUAAACAUUACAAUACUAAGAUAAAAAUAAUUUUGAGAAAGUAUUAAUUAAAAAUUAAUAGAUUUCUAACAUAACAAAAAAAGAAUGUUUACAUGCAAUAAAGCCUUAACAUGAAUAUAAAAAAGAAGAAAGUAUUAGCAAUAAUUCUAAAUUAGAUUUUGAAAAUAAAGAUAAUUAUUUGAAUGCUAAUCAUAUAAAUUCUCAGAAUAUAUAAGAUUAAAACUACAGAUAACAGAAAUCAAACAUUUAAUAGCCAUCAAUAAAUAAUAACUCUUAAAAUUAAAAUACCUAUCUAAGUAUUCAGUAAUAAUAAAAUAAAUAAAAUAGUAGCUAUAAAUUUUUUUAUCCAAAUAAAAAAAAUAGUUAUUAAAGCGAUUAUAAUCGACUAAAUAAUCAUAAAUCAAAUAAUUAAGAAUAAAAUUAGUAGGAAUAAUAAAAAAUAAAAACUAUUUCAGCUUAAAAUGAGUAGAUUGCAAGGGGAAGUAGUUGCAUUAAUGGAGCUGUAAGAAUAAUACAAGCUGAAAAGACUAUUAAAGCUAGAUCUAUUUCAAGAAAUAAAUAAUAUUUUGAUUAGUGA